AUGUCCAAACAUCUUCCAAAUGAACUGGUCGUUGACAUACUUCAAAAUGUUUUACGAAGUUCAAGUUUUAAAUACUUUGUCAAGUUACGAAUAAUAUGCAAGAAAUGGAACAAAUUAAUUCCCAUAAUCAUUAAUGAAAAAAUUUCUCGAAAAUAUAAAAAUGGUUGGAAAAUCAAGUUUUCUCCAGGAUUCUAUAUAAGUCGCAACAUGAAUGUGUUUACUAUCGAUCCCCCGAAAUUUGAUAAGGGACAAGGCGUCUUUCUAUUCGAUUUCAAAAAUCGAACGAUAGGUUCUUUCUUUGCCGGAAAUUCAUGGAUUGACUUCUCUAUAGAGUACCGGAGCAACAAAUUGUAUAAUAAUUACAUCUUGAUUGAUACAAAAAGGGAUUGGAAACUGGUCAUGCCAAAAUCUACCUUACGCGGAAAAAACGAAAAAUCAUUUGAGGCAAUGAAAAAAGGAAAUGGAUUUAUCGAGUUAAAAUAUGUUAAAGUUAAAGUUGAUAUCGUGUUUGAACUGCUGGAUGGGAUCAAUGAAAGAUAUUUAAGGCGCCUUAAAUAUUCCGAAGCUAAAAAAAGAAAACAGAAUUGCAAAAUCGAGGUAUUCUAA